AUGAGUUCCCGGGCCACACGACCCCGAAGCCGGCGAGGGAGGCACGCUCCACCUGGGGAGCUGGAUCCUGUGGCAGAGAGUUCGGAGGAGGCCGAGGCAGCCGGCGGGAGUUCUGAGCCGGGCCCUGUGCCAUCUCAGGAGAGCUUCAAGCCAAAGCUGCCGGGGCCAGAGGCAGAGGCCAGGGGGCAGGGCUUGGGGGGCAGGCCCACCAAAGAGGCUGAAGAGAACUCUAACAGAGGACCGGCCCCAUCUCUCAAGGGACCCCAUGGGCCUGCAGAGGAAGGCCACCAGGCCACAGAUGUAGCCCCACGGCCCGGGGAGCUGGCCCCCCCCAGGCCUGGAGCCUCUGAUGUGUUUCAGAUUCUCCAGCAUGCCCUGAGCUCGCUGGAGGCUGCUGCUGCAGCCUGGCACCGCCGGCCCCCAAGCUGUCCUGGGCCUGUGGAGGCAGAGGACAGAAGUGAGGCAGGACCAAAGCCCUGCCUGGAGGAGGAGGGGGCAGGGGCUUGCCAGAGGGAGGCAGCCCGCCUGGCAGAGAGGAAUGCCUGGCUGCGAUUGGCCCUGGGCAGCCGAGAAGAGGAGCUGAUUCGCGUGCAGGCCUCCGUGCAGGCCAUCCAGGCUGAAAAGGAGACGUUGCAGAGGGAGGUCCAGGAGCUCCAGGAUUCCCUGAUGAGGCUGGAGCCCUUUCCACUUCCCUCCCGUGGCCAAGCAGGUGGCUCGGGCAGUGGCUCCAGCAGUUCUGGGGUAGAUGAAGAGCCCUGGGGGACUCAGGACCCCUUCUCCCUGGCUCACCCCCUGCUCCGGCGCCUCCGGAGUGAUUCCAGCACUCAGAUGUUUGGGCCUCUCCGCACUCAACCCCUCGCCCCCGAGGUGCGCAUCAUGGAAAGCCAGACGGAACAGCUCCAGGGGAGCAUCGAGAAGCUCAAGUGUUUCAACCAUCUGCUGUCAGCUGUGCUGCAGGGGUACAAGGGCCGGUGUGAAGCCCUCAGCAUGCAGCUGGGCCAGCGGGAGGCUGAAGCCACAGCCCUGCGUCUGGCCUUGCAGUACAGUGAGCACUGUGAGGAGGCGUAUGGAGUCCUGCUCACUCUCCGGGAGGCAGAUUCGGGAGCAAGAGAGGAAGCCCCUAUGAGGGACCUGGAGGUGGCUGAGAAGGAGGCUCAGAGGCUGCUGGCACACGAGGAGGCUGCCAUGGAUGGAGGGACACCACGGAAUCCACAGCCAAGCCCCGAGGGCAGCAGUGUGGAUCGGCCCACACCACAGGAGCUGGCUACCCAGCUCUGGGGCUAUGUCCAGCGUCUCCAGGAGCGCCGUGCUCUGGUGAAGAUUCCCCCAGAGCCUGGCCCAACCUUGGCACCCAUGCCCACUGUGCCCCAUGCGGAGGCCAUGGUGCAGGCCAUUCUGGGGACCCAGCCUGGCCCAGUCCUACCCCGGUUGGAGAAGAUGCAGAUCCAGCGGGACCUGGCGGCCACACGGGAGACUCUGGCAGAACUGAUGCUGCGGCUACAGUUGAUGAGGCGGGAGAAGCGGGGUCUGGAGCUGAAGGAGGCUGCCCUCCGGGCCCAGGGCCCAGCCCAUGUGCUCCUGCUAGAGCAGCUGCGGUGGGAACAGGCACAGCUCCGGACCGGUGGGGCCAACAGUAGUGGUGGGGACAGCAGUGGAGGCGGGAGCAGUGGAGACGAAGAGGAGUCGUCUCAGGGCCCUCCAGCCAUUCUUGGUGGCAGCAGGGGCAUUGAUGGAGGCCAGGCGGGCAAAGCCCAGGGCCCGGAGAUUCUAGCCCAGGAACUAGCAGCGUCACUUCACCGGGCCCUGAGCCUGCGGGAGCAGCUGCAGUCUCUGCGGGAGGAACUGGAACAGGUGGCUCAGAAGGGGCGAGCCAGACGUGCUCAGAGUGCCGAGCUGAACAACGAUUUAUGCAAGGCUCACAGUGCCCUGGUCCUGGCCUUCCGAGGUGCCCACCGGAAGCAGGAAGAGCAACGGAGGAAGCUGGAACAGCAGGUGGCACUAAUGGAGGUUCGACAGGCAGAGGAAUUGGAAGUGCUAGAAGCCACCGUAAGGGCGCUGGGGAGGCCCAGACCGUCUUGUCCACCUCCCCGGCUGGGAGAGACCUUUCUGUAG